AUGGAUGGAACUAAACCGUCUACAAGUUAUGAAGGAUUCGACAGUGUACCUCCAGAUGCGAAAAAUCUUGUGAAACGUCUGUUUGAUGCGGUAGAUAUAGUCCAGAAACCGUUACAAAAAAUGGCUGAAUUAGAUGUCAUCUAUCAAGCAGUCAUGCGAGAAGUAGAGAGAAUUCAGGAUACUUUAAAUGAAGGACUGAUGGGAAUGAGUCGUGAACAAGUUGAUGAAAUGUUCGAUACAUUAGAAAAUGAGUUGCGUAUGGCACAACACUUAGCAUUUUGGAAAUCAGGCGUAAUGUUUGAUGUAGAUACGAAAUUACAGAACUUAAUCGGUUGCCAAACUGAUCCACAACAAAUCAAACAACAAGCAGCCAAACCAAAAGGGUCCCGAUCAAAACGUCAAGCUCCAACAGCAAGAGAAAAUAUACGACGGAUCGAAAGGGACACACGAUCCCAGUCUGUUGUAAAGGGAAAAGCAAAAGAGUCUCCGUCUCCACCAGCUGUAUCAGAUCAGUAUUUAUCAGGACGACGGAAGAAAAUAAAAGUGCAGGAACUAAAUGAAGGACGUUCGAUGCAAAAGAAGCGUGGUGCAGGAAGGCCGCGUUUACCAAGGAAACCCCGCCAAGCAACGUCUGCUGUUACAGAAAUAACAGAGGGUGAAAAUAAUCUCGAUCCCUUAUAUUGCUUAUGCCGGCAAGUUUCGUAUGGUGAUAUGAUUCUUUGUGAGAAUAAAAAAUGUAACGAAUGGUAUCAUUUCCCAUGUGUUCAACUGAGACAGAAACCGAAAGGUAAAUGGUAUUGCCCACAUUGUCGUGGAGAUCGAUGCGAUGUGAUCAAUCCCGAUUUGAUAGAAUAG